CGCGCCUGCGCGGCGCGGGGGGAGCGGCCGCGGCGCUGCGGUGCCCGUGGAGCGGCGGCGGCUCCUCCGCGGGACGUGCCGGGGAUGCGAGACUCCACAAGUGAAUGAGAACUUCUCUCUGCAAAACUGAGGUGAAGAGCUUCACCAUGGGUCAACAGAUUUCAAACCACACACAAACUGUAAUUAACAAGUUGCCAGAAAAAGUAGCAAAGCAUGCCUCUUUGGUUCAAGAAAGUGGUUUCCUAACCUAUGAAGAGUUUCUGGGAAGAGUAGCUGAACUCAAUGAUAUUACUGCAAAAUUGGCUUCUGGACAAGACAAACAUCUGUUGUUUGAAGUGCAGCCUGGGUCUGACUCUUCUGCUUUCUGGAAGGUGAUCGUUAGGAUAAUAUGUACCAAAAUAAAUAAAACAAGUGGCAUCGUGGAAGCUUCCAGAAUCUUGAACUUAUAUCAGUUCACUCAACUUUAUAAAGACAUCACCAAUCAAGCAGCAGGAGUUCUUGCACAGAGUGAUACUUCUGAAGAAGCUGCUGAGAGCUGGAGGUCUCUGUCUUCGUGUCAGGCCAGCUUGUGGAUGGGAAGGGUUAAACAGCUGACAGAUGAAGAGGAAUGUUGCAUCUGCAUGGAUGGGCGUGCUGAUCUAAUCCUGCCGUGUGCUCACAGUUUCUGCCAGAAAUGCAUUGAUAAAUGGAGUGACCGCCACAGAAACUGUCCCGUGUGCCGCCGGCAGGUGACUGGGGCAGGAGACUCCUGGGUGGUGUCAGAGGCCCCCACAGAAGAUGACAUUGCCACUUACAUCCUUAACAUGGUGGAUGAGGCUGGGCAGCCCCACAGACCCUAACCCUGCCCACAGGCUGAUUGUGGCACAACCACUUGAAGCUUUUGUUUUCUCCAGCGUUUGGUUUUCCCCCUCCUUGCCGUUCUUCCACAGCCUGUCCUUCCCCUCUCCUCUCGGCUGCUGUGAGUCUGCGCUGCUCUCCUAAAGCACAGGGGAUCUGAGCAAGUCUCUGUGUGUGCAGUCCUCGUUAUUGAACUGUUCUUUCAGCAAACUCUUGGAUCAUUAACACAGUUUACUUUAACAACAACGUUUGAUGUUAAUUAACAGUUCAACUACUCGAUGAAGCAACUUGUAACAGCACAACUACAACUGCAAACUGCUGUUUGAGCAUCACAGUGUCCUGCUACAGAGAUGAACCAUGGCAGAUGGCUUGACCUCACAGUUCCUACCCUUCAAAGCAGUCCCUUAUUCACAACUAAUGUGAAUAAAGAUGAUGAGUUAGCACUAGUGGUUAUUAAUUUGAAAUUUUACUGUUGAAACUUGAAGAUGUCCCACUGCCUGUUCUUCAGUAGGAAGUUAUUGCUGCUCUUAGUGUUUACAGAUACUUAAUCUGAUCUGUUAUGACUUUUAGUAUUAAUUACUUUAAAUCUGUUUUUGAGAGUGUAGGCAGGUCUGUAAAUGUACUUGUGCACUUCCCCUUAUUCUUCUAACAAGACUUAUGUCUUAGAAUAUUUUUUAAAUAUGAUAUUUAGCAUAGUCUUAUUAGCUUGGAAACAUUAAACAGUUUCGUACACAAUCCUAAAAGCAGUAAAUCAGCUUCAGUAGUUUUUGAUAAAGAACAGCUAUAAUUAUUUCUAAACAUUGGGCAUAUCUGAAGAGAAUGCCUUUAUUUGAAUUAGCACUCAAGGUGUAGUUUAGUGUGAUGCUGUGGCUUUAUCUGCUCCUCUUGAGUUUUUGAAGUGAUGAGAUCAGAGUUAAAAGGUAUAUGAAGAGUUACAAGUGAUAAUCUAAGUAAGGGUGCUCUACUUUCUAUCUACAAGUGCAAUAUGCUUUUAUGUAGCAGAGGGAAACUUCUUUACCAAUAAUGUGGCUUGGACUGAGAUGCACACGUGACGGCUUGGAAAAGGGAUAUCUCAACUGGAGUGCAACAGUAUUUUGUGUCUAGCAGAAUAAAGUCUUUAAGAGCUGAGUUUAGACAGUCUAAAAUUGUUAGUAUUCAGGAAACCCACCUUAGGCCUCUUUUGCAUAAAUAGUGUUAUGGAAAUGAGUGGCUACUGUAGAGAAUUAAUUUUAUAUAUAUAUAUGUAUAUUAACAAGUACUACUUUUUCUCAGCAACCUCAAGUUAAAAUAUUCAAGUGUAGCAUUUGAAGGAAUAACAGCAUAGAUCUUGCUUACUGUGAGACUGCAUUUUUCCUUACCAUACCUGGUAAAAUUCCAUGAUGCCCUAAGGCUUAAGUCCUUUUGUCACAGACAUGUUCUGAACUAAAUGUGCACGUAGAUAUGCACAUUUAGGUUAUUUUUCUUAAUUGGCUACAAAAUAACUUAAUUACAUCAAUUUGUUAAAGAAUGUGCACAGAGUAUGGCACCUGUUUGAGCUUGGCUUGUGACACCAUUGUCAGAUUUAUCAUAGGUUUUAAGACAGAGAAGCAACGUACCCUUCAUGUUUCUGUCACCUGAGAGCCAGUAUGGCUUAGUGUGUAAAUCUGUAUUUAGCUAUGGAAAAAUCCUUUUAGGAGUGUAUAUAGCUGAGAACUCUUUUUUUUUUUUCCCUUUUCUUAAGCCAUUGAUAGCAAUGAGAUAUUCUUCAGUAAAUGUAUGGAGUGCUUGGUUGCAUAAAGGCAGUUGUUGUUUGGGCUGGAAAUUGUUACUGGCCCAGGAUUUCCCACUAAAACGUGUGCAGGUGUUCCUAAUAAUGCACCAGUUUGGUUUCUUUUUGCUUUUUGAGGUUGCAUUAGUCCAUGUUCAGAACUUUCAGAUAAUCUUUGAAUUUUUUAAACUUUUUAUAUCACUGGAACAGAAAGAGCAUCUAAAUGAAAGACUCAAGCUAACUUUAUUUUUCAAGUACUUCAAGAAUUAUACUUCUGAACUGAAAUUUUAUAAGUUGACUUUCUGCUGAGAACUUACAUGAACUUCUUAAAAUGUAAUUUUAUAAUGAUGCAAACAAGUUAAUUGCAGCAUAAUGACAAUUACAAUAUAAACUAAUGCAAAAAUUAUUUAAAUAGUGCAAAAGUAAACUUUGUAUUCUGUACAGCUUUUUUAAAUUAAGUUGCUGUAAUUCACACUGCUGUGAUGUAGAUACUGUAAUGUGUGCCUUGUAAAAUAAAUGUACUGUAUGUUA